AGAAAUGAUGUGUCCCCCCGUUUUUUAACCGCGGCUGCAGGGGAAGCACCAAACCCUCCAGCCGGCCAUCUUGGAGCCCUCGCCAUAAAGCUUCCAGAACAUGAUGUAUGCCUCCGAGUCCAAACCCCGCAUUUGACCCUCCCCUCCACCCAAGCCAAGCCAAGCCAAGCAGCGCACCGCCCGGCCCCUCCCCCUCUCCCGCUAGGCCCGGAGGAUGAGCCGAGAAGCCCCCCGGCCCCCGAAGACGCCCGCCCUGGCACUCCUCAUCCUCUGCCUCGCGCUGGUGCCAAGCAGCCUGGGCAUGGAGGUCACAGCGCCUUUCACCAUCAGGGCCCUGAAUGGCUCCUCCAUCCGCCUCACCUGCACCUUCAACUCCUGCUACCAGGUGGAGAAGAAGCAGUUCUCCCUCAACUGGACCUACCAGGAAUGCGACAAUUGCACCGAAGAGAUGUUUCUACAGUUUAGGUUGAAGAUUGUUCCUAUGGAGCAGACCCGCUUUGGGGAUCGUGUGGAGUUCACCGGGAACCCCAUCAAGAACGACGUCUCCUUCACCCUCCACAACGUGCAGCUGGAUGACGAAGGGACCUACCACUGCUAUGUCAUGAACCCCCCUGACCGGCAGAAGGGACACGGAAAGAUCAGCCUGAUAGUGAUCACCGAAGAACCUCCCGAGCGGGACUCGACGGUGGCCGUGAUCGUGGGAGCCACGGUGGGAGGGUUCCUGGCCGUGGUCAUCCUAGUGCUGGUGGCUGUCAAAUGCGUGCGGCGCAAGAAGCAGCAGAGGUUGAACACGGACGACCAGAAGACGGAGGAGGAGGGCAAGACGGACGGCGAGGGCAACCCCGAUGAAGGCACCAAGUAGACUGGCGCCUGGCGGCCCGGAAUGGUCCCCUCCUGCACUCUGCCCCUCCGCCCUCCCGCAUCCAUGAGCUUCCUCUAAGGACUCUCCACUGGUGUCAGAAGUGUCGAGGUCCCUCCCUUCCCCACUUAAGCCUCUCCAUUGAGACCUUGCACGCAUAGCUGGGCAGGGUGCUGCACAGCAGAUCUUCCUCAUGCCCCUCUGUGGAAGAAUUCCAGGGCCAAAAAGUUGGGGGGGGGGGUUGCAAAGGGAGGAUUUGAGGGUCGAGAGCAAGGGCUCGCCUCCCAACUUGCCACAGGAAAGGUCUUGACCUUUUCCUCCUGCCCCUGCUGUUGGUCCUCUCUGCCCGGCGCCUCCAAGGAUGGUGGAAAGGCAGGAUCUUUUCC